UAUACCGCAAAAAUGGACCCUGAUAUAAGCUAUAUCAAGUACAACGACGAACCGCCUACCGGUGCCAAUGAGAGUAUCACUGCUAACGCCAAAGGAGUCAUAGCCACAGACGACACCCUCGGCUUUUGGCUCAUGCAUAAUGUCCCGAAGUUUGCCGCCCAAGAGUCGGACCAUAAGUACGUAUCCCCGAUGCCUGGUGAGACCAACGGACAGACAGAUCUGUGUAUUACCCUAGAAAUCAUUGAAAUGGACAAGGUGUUCACGCAAAUGCUAUAUAUACAACCAGAUAUCUACGCCAUGAAUAUCAGCACCGGUUUGAAAAGUAAAUCCAAAACUAUCGGCGCGUUAACCGCUAGGAAAUGGAGUUCUGGUGAUAAACACGUCGAAACUGUCGUAAGCGCCGGUGGCGUACAGUUCACCAGUAUAAGCAAAACACCCGACUAUCACCUGGAACUGUACACCCAGUUUGUGGCGCCGGUGCUCAACGUCAGCCUAUUGGCCGAGUCCUGGGGACAGAGAGUGGACACUCAGUUACCCACGUUGGGUACCCACGAUUAUAACAUGGAAAACGUGCAAAACACGACCGCAAACACUAGCAAAAAGGGCACCGGUAUGCCGGAGACUAUCUUUCUGUGUGUGUGGUUUGUUGUGUAUGUGCUUUGUUUCUGCUGUUGUCGUCCAAACCCGCCCUUCAGUCUCGAGUUCACAAACGAUACGCUAAUGUCGUCUAUAUUUUCAACCGUUUUCUUGAGCCUACACUCAGAGGGUAAGGGAUGUCCCGCUCCCUGUCUCCACGUCUCGACAUAUAGACUGGUGUUGAGUACCGGUGCCAUGAUCUGGGAGUACAGGUCCACGUGA